AGCUCCCAAACCCUAGCGCCUCCAAACCCCACUCCCGCAGCCAUGCCGCCCAAGUUAGACCCGUCCCAGGUGGUGGAGGUGUUCGUCCGCGUGACCGGCGGUGAGGUCGGCGCGGCGUCGUCUCUGGCCCCCAAGAUUGGCCCGCUCGGUCUCUCCCCCAAGAAGAUCGGAGAGGACAUCGCCAAGGAGACGGCCAAGGACUGGAAGGGCCUCCGCGUCACCGUUAAGCUCACCGUCCAGAACCGCCAGGCCAAGGUCUCCGUUGUGCCCUCCGCCGCGGCGCUCGUCAUCAAGGCGCUCAAGGAGCCGGAGAGGGACCGCAAGAAGGUCAAGAACAUCAAGCACAGCGGCAACAUCAGUCUGGACGACGUCAUCGAGAUCGCCAAGACCAUGAAGCCGAGGUCCAUGGCCAAGGACAUGUCCGGCACCGUCAAGGAGAUCCUCGGCACCUGCGUCAGCGUCGGGUGCACCGUCGACGGCAAAGACCCCAAGGACCUGCAGCAGGAGAUCGACGACGGCGAGGUCGAGAUCCCGUCCGCUUAAGAAGGUUUUGGCAUCUAUCUAGACACUUCCGGAUUCAGUCGAGGGAAUGGAUGUGAUCUGUUGUUCACUUCGAGUUCUACUCUUGAUGAACAAACUUUUGUCAUGCUUUAGCGGUUCCCUUGUGAGACUAUUUUUGUCAUGCUUUAAUGAAUAUUCACUUGCAAAACCGAUGUUAACGCAGUUAGAAUUAUUCCAGAUCCUCUUGAGUUUUGUUGGUAA